UUACUAUGCAGGAUAUUCAGAUAGCAUUUGAGUCAGUGUUGCAGCUCCUUCAGUAGACCUGGAAUAAGACAGCAUUCCUAUGAAAAAAAAGAAAAACAACUUUAUAAAAGCCUUUUAAUGAGAUUUGUUUUCACAAAUUAAAAACAAUUUUGACAAAUCUGCAACUUUAUGAGAUUGAACCCUAAUCUUCUGCAAGAUAAUCUUAAUCUUAUUUCAUUGAUUUUCAUUUUCAAGAAUAUUUACCUUUGCAAUAAAAAUAAAGAACUUUUAUUUUUCACAAGUCAGAGGCCAGUUUAUGUCACAAAGAAAAUAACACAAUACUUCCUCUGACUGUCAAAUUCGAGUCUAAAAAAAUAUUUAGUCCAACCAAAUAAUGAAAAGAUUAUUUUCUGUAAAAUGUGCCGAAAUUCAUCCGGUUUUAAAAUUAGUGCAAUUCCAACUAUUGUCCAGUAGGGGGCAACAUCAAACAUCUCAAUUUUUCUGAAAGUAAACAAAGAAGAAGUUCCAGCAGGCGAUAAAGUCGCACUGCGCAUGUGUAAGCGAGGACCAACGGCAGUGAGCUACCCGGACGCGAACCACGCCAUGAUGGACGAGCCCUCCGCCGCAGAGUCCGGACAGGACAGAGCGACAUGCAAACCGCCUGUGUGCGGCCUCGGCCUGCCAGACCCCGACAACAACCGCAGCCCAUCGGCCGAGGACCCAGCACCCGGGUUUGGGGUUUUCUGCUGUCAGGAUUGUGGAGAAACCUUCAAGGAGGGAAUGGUCCACAGGGAGCAUCGCUGUCAACACUCGCAUCCAAACGUGUCCUUGAGCGAUCAGUCUACCGACCCGCAUGACGCCAAUAAGGACGGGAAAGCCCCACAUAUUUGUGAUCUGUGUUUCCUGUCGUUUACGGCGGUGGAUGAACUCCACUGGCACCUGAAAGAAAAGCACGCUCAAACCUCUGCCAAGGACUCGGAAACACUGACCUCUGCUGUAACCAAGACGCUGUGCCAUCUGUGUCCAGACUGUGGAAAAUCCUACACCGUGAUCGGGAACCUCCUCAACCACAUGCGUUCUCAUAAACAACCCUCCAAGUCAGUUUUUCACGGCCUGGAGCAUUUGAAAAAGAAGUCCUUUCAGUGCGAGUCCUGCGGGAGGAGUUAUUCUCGCGCCUCGGCCCUCGACGCUCACCGACGAUGCCACGAAGAAAAGCUGGUGAAGUCCAACGCCAGAGGCUCGAGAGACGCCACCCCGUCUGUGGUGGAAGCAAAAGAAAAUGUGCUGGGGGAGGACUGCGACAGGCUGCCUUUCAGGUGUGCAUGCGGUAAAGCUUUUCCGAAAGAGUUUCACCUCAGGUCCCACCAGAGGUUGAGCCACAACAGCCGCUGCUCCCCAGAGGUGAAGAAGAAAGCCAAGAAGAGCGACAAGUUCCAGUGCAGCGAGUGUCAGAAGACUUUCAGCAGCCAAGUUGCCCUCUUGAACCAUCAGAAGUGGCACGCCAAAAACACCAGUACUUCAGGAGGACAACUCCAGUGUGAGGAUUGUGGGAAAGGAUUCACCAUGCUGGCGUUUUACCACAAACACCUGCGCACGGCGCACAGCAGCGAGACCCCUGCCAAGUCCUUCCUCCACCAGGUGUGCCAGCUGCAGAAGAAGGCCUUUGAAUGUCAACACUGCGGCCUACGCUUUUCCAGAGCGUCGGCGCUCCAGUCUCACGCGCUGCAGCACACGGAUAUCUUUGGAGAAACCAAAGAGGAGGUGCCGCUUGGUUCUGCAGCUUUAUCGCCCCACAAAUUACCAGAACAAAAGGAGGUCGAGCACCCGAAAGGUUCUACGGAGGAAAGUUUCCUCUCCUCAAAUAGAGCUGAAGAAGUGUGUGCUGAUGAGACGGAGGACGACACGGAGAGCUACGAUCCCGGGGACUUUAUUGUCCAGGUGAUCAGCGCGAGCGAAUCAGAAGACGAGGCGGUCAAAGACCCAAACCCCGACCUGGAGCUGCUGUGCGAGUCGGAUCAGGAAGGAAGAGAUCCUGGGGACGCCGAGGUUUUCACUGGAGGUCCGGCGUCCAGACAAGAGCUGGACCUGAAAAUAGUUCAGAUUGACUUUGGGCAGGCGGGGGAGCUGUGUCCAGAGACCACCGGGGAAACUGAAAGGUUUGAUCCUGUGGGGCAAUAUCCAGGCUUUUCCCCUGCAUCGCUGCACGCUCGCACAGCGUGGCACGGGGAGAGUAAAAGGCGAGCUGAAGGUCAGUCAGCGACGGCUUACGCAUGUGACGCAUGCAGCUUUGAAGCUACUAGCUAUGAAACAUACCACCAUCACCUGCAGAGCCACAAUCAGAGCCGCAGCAACGAUGAGUGGAGCCGUGCUGAGAGCGCAGAGACGAAAACGUUCACGUGCAACGAGUGUGGAAAAGCUUUCUCCCGUCUGUCUGCGUUGGCCUCUCAUCAGCUGCGUCACCCCAAAAGAAAACCGUUCCAGUGCUCAGACUGCAUGAUGUCUUUUGUGCAUGCUGCAAGCUUGUUUAAUCACAAGAAAAGCUGCACGGCUCGGCAGACGGACGCCAUUUCAGCCCGUAAGAAAGAAUACAACCCCAAGAAAACUCUACUGGGCCCAAAGAUCUAUCACUGCGAGCAGUGCGGAAAGGGCUUUUGGUCCCUGGGGGCCUACUCCCACCACAAACAAAACCAGGCCGAGUGUGAAGAUCUGAGGCUCAGGAAAGGCGUGCCGGGAACCCUACAGUCUGUCAAUGGGCGCUCGCGCUCCUGUGUGAAGGUGGCGUGCCCGGUGUGCGGCAGGAAGUUCCGGCACAAAGGCAUCAUGACGCUGCACAUGCGCAGACACGAGAACGGAAGUCACCAGUGCGAGCUCUGCAGCCGGACGUUCCGCCUCUUCUCCAGCCUGCUGCGACACCAGGUGGUGCACAGCGCCCAGCUGCUGCCGCCGCCCGCCAAGUCUUUCCAGCAUCAGAUGGAGCAGCUGAGGAAGAACACCUACGGCUGUCCUGACUGCGGAAAGCUGUUCUCAAGAGCCAAAGCUCUGCAGUUUCACAUGAAAUGUCACGGUUACGAGAAGGACUGUUCCCCAUCGUCCGCACAGUCCUCUGCAGCGCUGGAGGGUCUGCAGUGUGCAUCCUGCCGCUCAAACUUCAACAGCAAGGUCUCUCUGAAGGCCCAUAAGAAACUCUGCAUGAAGAAAGACCGUCAGGGAGCGGAAAAAACAAACGCAGUCCAGGCCAACGCCUUCACACCGGAAUGUUCCCACCAAAUGACAAAAAAUAAGAACUUCAGUCCAACCAACGGGAAAUACAAGUGCAACGAAUGCGACAGAGAUUUUCCCGCUGUGGGAGCUUUAAACUUUCACAAAAGGAUCCACACUGAAGACCAGCCAACGUCAGGAUCGCAUUCUGCAGUUUCUCCUUUGAGAAGCGUAAAGAAAGAGGAGCUGAGGAAAGAAGUGUUCCACUGUCCUGAUUGUGGGAGGAGGUUCAUGACCAACUCCGCCCUGGGCUCGCACAGGCGAUGGCACAGAGAAAAGAAGUGCUCACGCCACCUUCCAAAAGAGGAAGACUCUCAAUCCGCUGGCAGCAAGACGGAGGAAGGACCCUUUCAGUGCAACAAGUGCAGCAAACAGUUUUUCAACCACAGAGUCCUUCAGCGCCACCAGACCUUUAACUGUCAGUGUCAAACCCAACCACAGAGUGAUCCUGGAGAAGCAGACACGACGUUUGAACAGGAUUUAAACUCUAAAUCAGAGCGUGUUGAAGUGUUGAAGGCGGCAGACGACAACCCAGUUCAGAGUGAUGUCAAAGACCAUGAGAUUACAGAGACUCCAAAACCAAAGGCUCACCACUGCCCCCUCUGUCCCAUGACCUUUGCAAAAGCCAGAGGUCUCCGCGCUCAUAUGUGGCAGGCCCACUCAAAGGUCCGGAAGGCCAAAGAAAAGCUUUCUUUAAGUGUAAAGGUGGAGCCGAAUGUUCCCAACAGUGAAAGAAAUAAGACUGAGGAAUGGGGACAGAGCUGCAUCUCUGGUGAAGGGAUUGGAAAAGUCCAGGCCCAUUCUUCCUUAAAAAGUGGGAAAAAGGGCGGCUCCACAGACGACAGCUGUGAGGAAAAGCUGCAGAUCCCCGGUCCUGGAAGCAAAGCUGACGUUCUGCUCCCUCCCAGCCGCAUGUGGGAGCCCACCAUCAAAUGCCUCUACAAGUGCGACAAGUGUGGCAAAGCUUUCCAGACAGAGGAAAACUUAGGAGCUCACAGAAGCAAGGCCAAGAGCCGGCUCUUCUGCUGUGCUCUGUGCUGCCACAGCUUCUGGACGGAGAACCAGCUGCAGCAGCACCUCGCCUGGCACGACCAAGUGCGCCGCCGCCUGCCCAACCAGCUGCGUUUCAGGAUCAACAUCCCUGCAGGGCUGAGGGUCCCCGCUGAGAAAACCAGCCACUCCCCUUGAACCAGUGCAAAGCAGACCCCCCCCAUGCUGCUGCAGCACUCCUUUAUGAAACCCCUCCAGCACAGACGGUCUGCUGCUGCUGCUGCUUCAUCAGGAGACGUUAAUGGCCUUGAAUUAUCGAUUUGCACUGAACAGAACCCACCCAGUCCACCUGGACAUUCUGCUGACGGAUUCUCAGGCUUUCCUUCACACUGGACUAACAUCUGUCGCUCACAUUGGAGAAAAUGUUGUUUUUUUACACAUGGUCUUCUGAGCCACAGUUUCUUUUUCUACAUCAGACAUGAAUGCCGUUCUUCACAUUAAGUGUGACCAUAAGGGGAUCACAGUUUAAAGUUGAUCUUUUGGAGCAUUUUCUGAAGCCAAUGUGUCGUUACCUAAAAGAAAAGCUGCUCUUCACUAAGUUCUACUGACUUAUAGAGAAAUUCUGCUGCUACAUCGUUCAUUUUGGAAAUUAAGAUUCUGCACAUUCCUCAGAAAGUUGAAAAUAUCUGUUUUCUUUGUUAAAAGUAACGUAUAUCUUGUUUGUUUUUAGUUGUUUCAUAAGCGCUGGUUUCUUUUUGUUACUUUUUGUAAUUGCAGAACGACUGUCCUGCUAAAAUGUAAUAAUGUUCCUGCACUAGAUGUUAGAUAUAUUUUCUUCCUCUAGGUGACUUUAUUUUCCCAUGUGACGUGUUUAACUUGCUUAUCUUUGAGAUAAAUACUUUAAAAGGCA